AUGCGGCUGAACACGACCUCCAAAGGGCGAGAUUGUGUUGUGCCCGAGGUCAAUCGCAACAAGAACAUUGGGGAGUUUGGAGCAAACAUGAACGCCAAUGUCUUCAAGACAUUCUUGGAAGGCAUGGCCUGGGCAGAGCAAGGAGCAGAUGCCUUUGGCGAUCUGCAUUCCCUAAUGGAGCCUGAGUUUGAGAAUCACAUGAGAACAUUAGUCCUGAAAGCAGAGCUUUGGACUGGUGGUCUGCUAGACGCCAAGUUUGAGCCGGGCAAGGUGUACCUGGUGCCAUACCUGAUGGAGGAGUAUGAGGCUUUGGUGAAGCCUCUGAAGCUGUGGCCGUUUCCGCGGGGUCACUACCGCCAUCUGACGCGCAUUCCUGUGCCGGGUGGCGCCCAAGUGCUCCUGGCUGACCGCCGCGCCUGCCCGCUGCUGCCCAAACACCUGCGUGUCCUGCCAGAUCCUCAGCUUCAGCCCACGGUAGCAGAAAGGGCUGUCGACUGCUCUAUCACCUGCAGGAGCGUGGAGAAGCAGUGCAGCGAGAGCAACUUCUGGUUCAUCAACAGCUGCGAGAUUCUCAAGCAGCACUUCCCUUCUGCGGCAGCCGCUGCCAUGGCCAUGGCAAGUCACCUCUGGGGGUGGCACUCAAGCCCCCCUCACAAGCUGCCAGCUGGCUAG